AUGCAAACUCUCUACAACGCUCUAAUCCGCACUCAUCACAUAACCUCCCGCAAAAAAGUAACCGCACUCAAACGCGCCGCAGACACACACCAAUGCGCCGUGCUCUUGCGCUCCGGCGGGUGUCCAGGGAUCAUGUACGUGGAGGGCGGGAAGGAGCGGGUAGAGAGCUGGGUGGAUGUUGUACGUCGGCUGCGAUAUAAGGAUUUCCAGCUGGCUACGAGGCCUGGGAUUGUGGAGGAGGAGGAUGGAAGUGGGAAACAAGGGACUGGGAACGGGAACGGGAACGGGGAAAAGAAAAACGGGAAAGAGUUGGAUCUUGCGGUGGGACUGGAUGAGGUGGACAGUGUCAAGGAGUUUGGGAGCAUUAUGGAGAGGAGGGGGGUUUGGAAUUGGUGGAGGAGGGGGAUGGGGUACGCUUGA